AGAAUGGGGUGGAGAUGGGAACUAUCUUGUCCUCUAUACUAUCUUUGUCAGGAUCAACAGCUGGGUGGAACUCCGACAAAAAGUUGCUUCAAUGACAUUUUCUAUAGGGAUGGCAGUUUAACUGUGAGACAAGCAAGCUGCUGUAUUAAGUGUUUAUUUCCCCCGCGGUGCCAUGGAUUUUAAUGUUAAACGGUUGGCUGCCGACGCCGGUACUUUCCUGAGCCGCGCGGUACAAUUUACAGAAGAGAAACUUGGCCAGGCUGAAAAGACAGAGUUGGAUGCCCAUCUGGAGAACCUUUUGAUCAGAGCUGAGAACACCAAGCAAUGGACAGAAAGGAUUAUGAAGCAGACAGAAGUCUUACUACAGCCCAACCCAAAUGUCCGGCUAGAAGAAUUUGUGUAUGAGAAACUGGAAAAAAAAGCCCCUACUCGAAUGAACAACCAUGAUUUGUUGGGCCAGUCGAUGAUCGAGUCAGGAAGUGAAUUUGGUCCUGGCACUGCCUACGGAAAUGCUCUGAUAAAAUGUGGUGAGACGGAGAAGCAGAUUGGUGGCGCAGAGCGGGAGUUGAUCCAAAGUGCUGCCAUCAACUUCCUGACACCUUUCAGAAACUUUCUCGAGGGCGACUUCAAAACCAUCCUGAAAGAAAGGAAGCUACUGCAGGUCAAACGUUUGGAUUUGGAUGCGGCCAAAACCAGACUAAAGAAAGCCAGGAUGACUGAUGCUAGAGUUGCAGCAGAGCAGGAGUUGAGGAUGACCCAGAGUGAGUUUGACCGGCAGGCAGAGAUCACCCGACUGCUGCUGGAAGGCGUCAGCAGCACCCACGCACACCACCUACGCUGUUUGAAUGACUUUGUGGAGGCCCAGUCUACAUACUACGCACAGUGUUACCAGUACAUGGUGGAUCUCCAAAAGCAGCUGGGCAGUUUCCCCUCGUCAUUCUCCAACAACAACCAAUCGUCAGUGUUGGGCGGAGCCAGCAUCUCAGUGCCAACCAUCCCGGUGUCGGCCUCCCUGCCCAGUGUGUCUGCGGGCCACAGCAGCUCGACGGCAUCGGGCGGAUUCAACGAAUUGCGGAGCUCCAACGGCAGCCGCAAAGCCAGAGUGCUUUACGACUACGACGCCGCCAGCAGCAACGAGCUUUCCCUGCUGGCUGACGAGGUGAUCACAGUCAGCAGCGUCCCAGGCAUGGAUUCAGACUGGCUGAUGGGCGAACGUGGCAACCAGAAGGGCAAAGUGCCGAUCACUUACCUGGAGCUGCUUAACUGAGACUCUCCCCCCCCCCCCCCCCCCCCUCUCUCCCCCCUGCCCCCUCCAGCCCCCUGUAACCAGCUGUGAUCUCAUAUUUAUAUUGUGUUUCAGGGUCAGGCGUCACUUUCUCUUCCAUUCAGUCAUUUUAGAAUGAGUUAUAUUUCUAUGACAAGGAGUCUUACUUUUAGCCCGACUCAACUGGAAUGAAUACAUUUGAGUGAACGGAAAGGAAACUGACCCCAAUCCUUGAUGUGUGUUCGUACGCAACUGCAAUACAUUUCUAAAAAACUUGCUUUCAUGCCUUUUGUGUUUGAUGCCAUGCAAUCUGCAAUAUGUGCCAGAACAUCUCCCAAACUGUAACUUCUAAAAGAAUUGAGAAAAAUUGCUUUUGUAUGCACUUCAGUUUGAAGUGGAGAGUUAUUCUGAUUAUUAAGUCUUAUUAUAUAAUUGAUCAUCUUAUGGUGCAUUAGCUGUUAUGGUUAUCCAAAAUAUGAAUUAUUAUUUUUUUACAUUAUUGUAACCAUUGUACGUCAGCUUUAUUCACAUGGAGCCGUACUGGACAGCCAGUUUAACGCUUUGUUCCAGUACAUUUUCUUGAUGAGCGAAGCGGUGGGAGUAGUAACCUGCUGAUAACCAAGCAGCUGCUAAACUCACUUACCAAACAUUAUUAAGUGCCUAUCGCAGUGACCUUUCUUAAACCAUUUGCCGUUGUGCAGCUACACCAGCAGUAUUAAUACCGUCAAUUCAGUUUCCUCUCUUAGUAUUGAACCCUAAAACUUCUAAGUUAUUGAUAACUGGAACCAGCAUUUCCACAUUCCUGUUCAGUGCAGUUAGUUGACCAGAAGACGGUCGUCUCUGAUUACAUUAAUCAUUUGUGUAUUGUUAAUUAUAUACACAAGUUGUGGCAUGGUUAUUGUUUCUGCCGUCGGUCGACUUACUAGAAAACGCCUUAAAGUAGAAACAUUGACAUUAGUUUCCCCUCAAGCUGCAUUUCAACUUCACAUCUUGUUACGUUCUGGGAGAUAAAAGUAUAUUAUUACAUGGCUGCUUUUUGUUUUGUGUGUAACGGAUAAAAUAGCAUACAAUUGUAAAAUAAAUAUACAAUAUGAUGCAUUAAAUAAGAAAGUAUUAA